AUGGAAGGAGCAAACAAUAAUUCUAAAAGAUCGCUGAGAUCAGAGGUUAAAAAUGAGCAUGGAGAAUUUGAUAAAUUCGAUUUUGAUACAGAAGAAUACGAAGUCAACCCUAAAAGAAAGUUAAGAUUAGUUAGCAGGAUAAACCCAAACGCCGGGCAUUUGAGGAAAGCUAGGUCUUGCUUUCUUACUCCAGCCAAAAUUGUAGGUGAGCACGUUGACAAAACGUGUUGUCAGAAACGUGUAACGAAAUUGCCAUUUAUGAGCAACGUCGAUGAUGAGGUCAAAAAAAAGAGAGAGACGAUUACGAAGAUGACACUAGAGAUUGAACAUCAUGAAUUAAGUCAGCGUAUUAGGAAACUGACUGAUGAUUUGCUUCCUGAUAUCGCGUAUCAGCCUUACCACAAGAAAAUGCUGAAACAAGAAAAUAGAAUGAUUCAGUCGGACAUCGUAAAUGGUGAAAAUGAAGCAGAAAGGCUUUCAUUAAUCUCGGAUAGACUGGAUAUGUUGAAUUGGGAAAUAACAUUACAAAAGGUUACUAAAAUAAAUGACCCCACUGACGAGAAUGAAAUGGAGACUAAACGUUAUCAAACUAAAGAGCUGAUCGAUUCAAUGCUACAUAAAUUUGAAUCAACGAAAAAGAAGAGCCACAAUUUAGCUAGAAGGCCAGCCUCGAGUGAUUCAUUGUUAAAACUGGUUAGUGGCAAAGAUUGGCCCAAAAUAUAUUCUCGAAUCGACCGAACUUUUAUCCCAGAUUACGCAAGCUCCUCUGACGAAGAGGAAGAAACAAUAACUGUCGAGGAAAUAAGGAAGAGACGGCUAAAGAAAAGAGAACAGCAAUGUGGUGGCUCGAUUAUAAUAUUGCUAAGCGACCAUCGAUCACAAAAGGGAAUGACACGGUUUGCUAUCGUAGCUGAACCGCUGCGAAAACCAUAUUUAAUUAAAACCUCGACUGAAGAGAGGAAUUCAUGGAAAAACAAAGUUCCCUCAAAUCCAAAAAAAUUUAAGAAAGCUCCUCGAAUAUCAACGCAAGUUGCUGUGAAAAGAAGAAAGGAAGUCAUCCCUUUAACGAUGGAGGUAGAACCAGAAGUCAUUCGAGAUAUAAGACGAGAUACACAAAAGUCUGUAAAAUCAAAUACUAAAGUAGAGGAAAUAGUUGUGACAGAUACUGUCAAAUCGGAAGACAUGAGCGAUUUUAGAUAUAACUCUGCAUCUAUAAGGUCGACACUUCCAGAAGCGGCUCUUUUAGAUUCAAUUUCAUCUUGUACUGCAUCUGAGACUUCACCAAACUCUUCGGAAAAUGUAGUGACUAUGGGUAGCAAUAUAGAUCCAAGCUUAGGAGUAGUGUCCUCGCCUGGUGAAAAGAACUUUGUAACAACACACAAUGGAGUUACAACUAAUUCGGAUAUUAACAUUCUGCCUGUCCGCAAGAGAAAAAAGGCUUAA